GAAUUUCUUACCACUUUUAGUCAACCAAGAGAGUCCUACCACCAAUUCCUAGUCGCUCCAGCUCUACUGGGGGGGCCUACGAGCGGAAUCCCAAAUGACAAGGUAGACCGGAAAUAUUGGAGCCAUCCCGGACAAGUUUGGUGAGCAAAAACUGAGAGAGAGAUGGGGUUGAAGGAUGCAGUGCCAUUUGUGGGUAUGGUGAUGUCUCAAUUUGCACAAGUGGGACUAAUCAUAAUAAGCAAAGAAGUUCUGUCCAGUGGGAUGACCAAUUUUUCCUUUGUCUUCUACUCCAAUGCUAUUGCCUCCCUUAUUCUUCUUCCUUCUUCCUUUCUCAUCCACAGGUCAGACCGUCCUCCACUCACUCUCUCUCUCGUCUCUGGAUUUUUCUUGCUGGGUGUUCUUGGUUGUUUAGCGCAGCUAACUGGGUAUGCUGGAAUUCAGUAUACGUCGGCUUCAUUUGCCUCAGCAAUGCUCAACCUCAUCCCAGGAUUCACUUUUGCUCUUGCCGUCAUUCUCAGGAUGGAAAAACUGAAUUUUAGAAGCUCAAGUACCUUGGCUAAAUGCAUAGGAACUAUAGUGUCAAUCAUUGGGGCUUUCAUAAUGACUCUCUACAAAGGCCCCCAAAUUUUAAGGACCCCGUCAUAUUCAAAGUUCCAUCAUCAGCAUGUUCUGUUACAACAAUCAAACUGGAUUAUAGGAGGACUGUUCCUUGCAGUUGACUGUGCUGUGUCUUCAGCAUUUCUUAUUGUACAGGCACUGAUCCUUGAGAGAUACCCGGCCGAGCUGAUUAUAGUCUUUUUCUACUGCUUCUUUGCUGCCAUUCUAUCUGCUGUAGUCUCUUUGAUUUCAGACAGAGACCUCAGUGCAUGGGCCUUACAACCUAGCAUGAGAUUGAUUGCUGUUAUGUACUCGGGAAUUAUUGGUUCUGCAUUUCAAGUCAGUGUAAACACAUGGUGUGUGCACCAGAGAGGGCCUCUUUUUGUUGCUAUGUUUCAUCCCUUGGGGAUUGUUAUUUCAGCUGCAUUUGGUAUCAUCUUUUUAGGUGAUAAUAUCUACCUUGGCAGUUUGGUGGGAUCAAUUGUUAUUGUUGUGGGGUUUUACUCUGUGAUAUGGGGAAAGGCUAAAGAAGAAAAAAUUGUGGGAAACAAUGAGAUAAGGAGAUUAGGAUCGCCCAGUGAAAAGGCCCCUCUUGUGCAGAUCAAUAUUGAGGAGACAUCUGUUUAGGUCAAUUAAGCAGAGCAAAGGUCCAUAUCUUCCCAUAAAAGGGUGGACAAGCAAUCUAUGUUACAAACAUACACAUUUUCUUGAUUAUGCAAUGGAAGUAAUAAACAUGGGAGGCACUAUCAAGAUAGAGCACUCCUUUGCAGUUGAGUCCCUUUUUUUUGGGAUCAGUACUAUCAUACGCUUAAGGUUAUUUGGGAAAAUAUGAUACCUCCUGAACCUGUGAACCAUUCCAGUCGUUGAUGUGCCUCUUUACUUCCAAUACCGAUAGGAAUUGGAAGAUCAUUCUGGUACAGUUAAAGAGUGGGAAAUGAGAUUACCUUUGUUUUGUAAUUUAAUGCUAUUAUGAAGUAGCAGGAUAUAUCAAAACACCAAUUGUAAUCGUGAAAACACUUUUUUUUUAUGUAAUCGUGAUAAAGCUACAAUAACUUUCUUCGAAGGGU